AACCUUGAAUAAACGAAUGCCUCAUGCACCGCACCUGUUGUUUUUUAAGUUUGCGAUUCAAGGAAUCGCAAAUGCGGAAUUACUUAAUUGCGGGGAUACGUAACGUCACAAAGAUCUAAGUCUUUCUUCCAGUUGUCCAAAUCUCGCGAUGACAGUCUAACCAAGUCUAACGAGAGCUCCACGGUGUACACAGUAAUUUGUGCUCCGUCCUAGGGUUAGAAAAGUUUCAAUCAAUGGCGUACCCGAGCGCGAUGUACGGCUCCACCGAUUCAGGAUCAGGGGUAAAUCCAGAGGUUCAACGAUGGUUCGCCACAGUGGACAAGGAUGGGAGUGGACGGAUAACGGCUGCAGAAUUGCAGUCGGCGUUGGCCAACGGUCAAGGGGGUACCUUCUCUGACACAGCGUGCAAGUUAAUGAUUGGUAUGUUCGACAAGGAGAAGAAUGGCACUAUAAACGUAACGGAAUUCCAAGCUCUUUACAAUUACAUAAACUCUUGGCUCGGUGUAUUUCGUGGCUUUGACCACGAUAAUUCGGGUAGCAUACAAGAGAAUGAGUUAAACGCAGCCCUAACACAAAUGGGCUAUAGGCUUAGUCCGGAUUUCAUUCAAUUCCUUAUAAAAAAGAGCGAUCUACGUGGUCAUCAGUCCAUUACUGUGGACCAGUUCAUAGUAUUGUGUGUUCAGAUACAGAGGUUUACAGAGGCAUUUAGGACAAGAGACACAGAUCAAACUGGAUCGAUUACUAUUGGAUUUGAAGAUUUUCUGGGAGUAGCUCUUAGCUGCAGCAUAUAACGUCUUCAUAUUUUAAUAACAAUACAGUUAAAAUAUUUUCUACACUUGUGUAUGCUGAAAAGCAAUUAUUGUUUAACUUACGCUACAAGUGCUCUAUUUUUCUAUCUUAGAAGAUAAUGUAAAACGUGGGUUUUUAGACAUGUAGGAUCUUAGGCUUAUGAGAGAUUUGUUUGUUCUUGGAAAUUUUUAUUUUCUUCGCCACUAAGCUUUUAGUGAGGUUUAUUUAUGUUUAGUUAUAAUGAUAAAAUUAAGAUUUUUAAUAAAUAUGAGAAGCACUAAAAUUAUGCUUCCUGCCGAUUCCGCUGAUCAAUACCUCAAAUGACAAUGAAACGCGUUUAUUUUACAUUCAUUCACGUUAAUAAGAUUUAACGUAGUGUUGAAAUAAAAAUGAAUAUCAUAUGACAAUGCAAGAUGCAUAAAGCAACAUGUCCCAUAAUUUUGUAUAUUUAAUGUGUCAUAUACGAUAAAAGCGAAAUGACUGGUGUAUAAUAUUUUUACCAUUUAAGUAACACUUGUACUAUCCAAUUUUUUUUACAUUUGCCAUACGUGUUUACAAUUGCCAUCUUUAGAAAGAUUUACUAGUACAAAGUUUAUAAAUUUACUGUCUUUAUGUGGAGAUAAAGAUAGCUUUACCUGAAAUACACAUGAAAGUAAAUAGGACUUGACAUAAAGGGUUUUCUUUACACAGAUACUUUGAGAAUAAUGCAGAUAUUUCAAAUUUACGAGACUAUAAAAUUGUAUUACUCCACAUGAAACUGGCUCGGGAAAGAAUACAAGAAUUUGAACGAUUAAAAAAAGCACGACACCUUCUGGAUGCUAUUUCAUUAAUAAACAAUUUACUUGCCGAUGGUUCUGAAAUAGAAAUAUUAUCGCUUGCUGGGAUAAUAGUGAGGAGAUUAAAUAAAUUAGGCGUGACAAAUGUAACGGCAGAUAAGGAAAACGAAUACUGGUAUAAAGAUACGAGAUUAUCGGCUUUGAGACUCACACAUAGUGGCAUUUAUCACUGUUGCACAUUUUGUUCUAGUGGUGGAAAAAAGGAAAUGACUUGUGGCUGUAGAGGCACCAUGCCUGGUGGAUACAAAGGCUGUGGCCAUGGACAUAUCGGACAUCCGGGCUUUAAUCAUUGGUCUUGCUGUGGAUCUAUAUUACGUAAUGGACGUUGCUUAAUUAUGCGAAAAACCAUGCAUCAAUUUAUAUUGUGAGUCUUAAUAAAUUAAUAAAUAUAU